CGACCCCCUGCCGCUCUCGCCCCCUCGCUCCCCCCUCGCCGCCGCCCUUCUCCGCCGCCGCCUCCCGUCCAGAUCCGCCCCGCCGUCGCGGCAGACGAAGCAGGGAGGCCCCCUCCACCCUCUCCGCUCGCGGGAUUCCGUUCUCGCGCCCGGGGAAAUCCGGAGGGCGCGGGCCAGGACCGAGCUUCGCUAGGGUUCGCGCGCCGCGGGUGUGUGCUGUCGCGGGGCGGCGGAGGCAGCAGCCAUGAGCGAUGGGGAGCGCCGCGAUGACGAUGUUCCGACCACCAGCGCCGCAGAUGACGAUGACGAUGAGGAUUAUGAGGAGCCUGGUGGAGGGAACCACUUCCUGGGGUUUAUGUUUGGCAAUGUUGAUGAUUCUGGUGACCUAGAUGCUGACUAUCUUGAUGAGGAUGCGAAGGAACACCUUUUUGCACUGGCUGACAAGCUUGGUCCAUCUCUGAAAGAUAUUGACUUAACCAAGUCUUCUCCAGCACCAGUUGAUCCUUCUGAGCAAGACUAUGAUGAGAAAGCAGAUGAUGCUGUUGACUAUGAGGACAUUGAUGAAGAAUAUGAUGGACCUGAAGUUGAAGCAGCUACAGAAGAAGACCAUUUGCUAUCCAAGAAAGAUUACUUCUCCUCGAACACAGUGUUUGCUUCAGUCAAUACUAAAGCUUCAGUGUUUGAUGAGGAGAAUUAUGACGAGGAUGAAGAGCCACCCAAUGAUGAAGAACCAACCAAUAAUAAUGAGUUACCUAGUGAUAGUAAAGCUUCAGUGUUUGAUGAGGAGAAUUAUGACGAGGAUGAAGAACCACCAAAGAAGCACUCUUCAGUUGAGCAGCUAGACAUGUCACCCUCAAAUGGUAUCCCUACCACUGAAAUGAUGUCUGGUUCGUUAUCACCACGAGGGGAAAGUAUGGACAUUGAAUAUGAAGUUUGUCAGCAGGAUGAAGUUGAUACUGAAGAAGAUCAGCUCGAGUCUAAAUCUGCAACUUCCCUCCCCGUUUUAUGCAUAGAGGAUGGGAGUGUCAUCUUGAAAUUCUCUGAAAUUUUUGGCAUACAGGAGCCUGUAAGAAAACCCAAGACAGAUCACCAUAAGCGCCCAGUGAGUAAAGAAAUUCAUAUCACCUCUGACAUUGUUGAAGAUGACGAGGAAGUAUUCCUGCGGAGUACUAUUCAAGAUCUCUCGUAUUUGAAGCAUAUCAAGAUGAAUGAAGAUGUUGUCGAGAGUGACAGUGAUGACUUAAUUAGCAGUGACACUUUUAGGUUGAAAGACUCAUGUCUUUCUGAACAACCGAUGAAGGAUGCAUACAUAGAUUUCCCUUCUGCUCAGCAAUCUCCAGUUUGUCCUGAUUUUUAUCCGCUUGAACACGAAGAUUGGGAAAAUGGUAUCAUUUGGGGAAAUUCACCUGCAAAUGAAGGCCGGCAUUGUUUGAAAAGCAGCAUAAUAUCUGAAGAGAGCGGUGAUACUCAGGAGGAAGAGCAGGCUAAGGAUUAUGGUUAUGUAUCUGGGUGCUAUGAUGUACAGAGUAAAAAUAAUGAUUCUCCACUAAUAACAGAGCCUUUUGGCUGUACAGAAAUGCCUGCUUCAGCUAGUUACCAUUCCCCUGAGAACAGUUACCCUCUACUGAGAAAGGAGACUCCCCUGGAGAAGAAUAACUUAGACGAAAUAGAACCAAAUAAUAUAAAUGGAACAGCUAAAAUCAAUACUAUGAAGUGUUUGAACAACCUCUCUCUACUGAACAAGGAAUUGCUAGAAGGAUCUUGGUUGGACAACAUAAUUUGGGAUCCCACUGAGGAUACUCCGAAGCCUAAGCUAAUCUUUGACCUUAAAGAUGACCAGAUGCUUUUUGAGAUUCUAGAUGAAAAGAAUGGGGAUCACCUCCGCUCUCAUGCUCGUGCGAUGAUUGUUAGUCGGCCAAUGAAGGCAUCAGCAGUGGAAAAAUUUGACCAUAGCAACAAAGCAGUUACAUGGAGCGGCCAAUUCAACAUUUCCAAUGACAAUUUUUAUUCAAACAGGAAGAUGUCACAGCAAGCUAAAUCUCAUACUAAAAAGCGUUCUUCAAUGGGCAUAAAGGUGGCGCAUUCUGUUCCUGCACAGAAGCUGCAGACCAUGAAGCCAAAGUUGAGCAAUAAGGAAAUUGUCAACUUCCAUAGACCAAAAGCUAAAUGGUACCCCCAUGAAAAUAAACUUGCUGCCAAAUUGCAAGGAGAUGCUUGUAGUCAUGGGUCAAUGACUGUUAUAGUAAUGACUUUGGGAGGAAAAGGAGUGAAGCUUGUUGUCAAUGCAGAGGAAACUCCUCUAUCUGUCAAAUCAAAAGCUUCCAAGAAGUUAGAAUUCAGACCGUCUGAAAAGAUCAAAUUGUUCGGAUCUGGAAAAGAACUUCAGGAUGAUAUCUCCUUGGCUAUGCAAAAUGUGCGACCGAAGUCUAUUCUGCAUGUUGUUCGCACUGAAGUACAUCUAUGGCCAAAAGCACAGAAGUUGCCUGGCGAGGACAAGCCUCUACGUCCUCCUGGGGCAUUCAGGAAAAGAACUGACUUGUCCGUUAAGGAUGGACAUGUAUUUUUGAUGGAAUACUGUGAGGAGAGACCUCUACUACUUGCAAAUGCAGGAAUGGGUGCUCGACUCUGUACGUAUUAUCAGAAAACUUCACCCACUGAUCAGACAGCUACAUCCCUGCGAAGCAACAGUGAUGGACUUGGUACAGUGCUUGCUAUUGAGCCUGCUGACAAAUCUCCCUUUCUUGGAGAUAUACGUUCUGGGUCCCAUCAAUCAUGUCUCGAAACAAACAUGUAUAGAGCACCUACAUUUCCUCAUAAGGUAGCAUCUACCGAUUAUCUUUUGGUUCGUUCACCCAAAGGGAUGCUUUCUCUUCGUCGCAUUGACAAGCUAUAUGCUGUUGGCCAACAAGAACCUCAUAUGGAAGUAUUUUCACCAGGAACGAAAAAUAUGCAGAAUUAUCUUCUGAAUCGAAUUCUCGUAUAUGUAUAUCGUGAAUUCCGUGUUAGGGAGAUGCCUGGUGUUCCUUCUCAGAUUCGAGGAGAUGAAUUACCUAUCCAGCCUCCUCUGACCGAAGCUAUUGUGAAAAAACGAUUGAAGCACUGUGCAGACUUGAAGAAAUUACCCAGUGGACACACAAUCUGGAUACAGAGACCUGAUUUUCGGAUUCCAUCGGAGGAAGAACUCAGGAGACUAUUGACACCAGAAAUGGUCUGCUGUCAUGAGAGUAUGCAAGCUGGUCAGCAUCGUCUCAAGCGCUUAGGAAUCGAAAAGCUUACUCAGCCUGUGGGACUUGCUUCUGCAAUGAAUCAGCUUCCUGAUGAAGCAAUUGAGCUUGCUGCUGCAGCACAUAUUGAGAGAGAGUUGCAAAUCACAAGCUGGAACCUUACCAGCAAUUUUGUUGCUUGUACUAAUCAGGACAGAGAAAAUAUAGAAAGACUAGAAAUUACUGGAGUUGGUGAUCCAUCUGGCCGUGGGCUAGGAUUUAGCUAUGUGCGAGUAACACCAAAAGCACCUGUCUCCAAUUCAUCGCAUAAGAAAAAGUCAGCUGCCGCCAAAGGUACCACUGUUACUGGAACAGAUGCUGAUCUCCGCAGGUUGAGCAUGGAUGCGGCUCGAGAGUUGCUUCUCAAAUUUGGAGUCCCAGACGAGCAAAUUGAUAAAUUAACAAGGUGGCAUCGGAUUGCUAUGGUGAGGAAACUUUCGAGUGAGCAAGCAGCGUCAGGAAUUACUAUUGAUGAAAUUCCAGUCAGUAAGUUUGCACGUGGACAAAGGAUGUCUUUUCUGCAGCUUCAACAGCAAACCAAAGAGAAAUGUCAGGAAAUUUGGGACAGACAAAUUCAGUCACUUUCAGCUAUUGAAGGGGAUGAUAAUGGCAGUGAUACAGAAGCCCACAGUGAUCUCGACUCAUUUGCUGGGGAUCUUGAGAACUUGCUAGAUGCUGAAGAAUUUGAUGAUGAAGAUGCUGGCACAGCAGACAUGAGAAGUGAUAAAGCAGAUGGAAUGAGAGGGCUUAAAAUGAGAAGGUGCCCUACUCAAGCUCAGUCAAAUGAGGAAAUUCAAGAUGACGAAGCAGAAGCUGCUCUAGUAAAAAAAUUGCUUGAAGAUAGCGGUAAUGACCCAAAGAGGAAGAAGCAAUCUGUGGAUCUGGCAAAUUAUGGUACCUCUAUGUACAAUCAAGGUGCCAACAAAACGAAGCAGGGUAAGGCUGGGCAAAUGAUUAAAUCGUCCGGUUACGUCAGUGCAUUAUUGACCCCAAAGGAGGGCACUCCAAGAGGAGGGAAAGAGAUUGAAGAUUCUUUUACUGAAGGUGGCUUACCCUCAAAACUGAAAACGAAGCAGAUGGUUGAUGCAAAUGAUAUCAUUCUAGUUAAAAAGAAAAAUGUUCUAGGGAAGGAUGGGUUUAAGGAGAAGAGGCAGGGAGCAAGGGGCGACAGUCUCGUAUGCGGAGCUUGUGGCCAGCUUGGACACAUGCGGACAAACAAACUGUGCCCCAGGUAUGGGGAGGAUCCAGAAACCUUAGAAAUGGAUGCUCUUGAUGUAGUCAGCCAUGUUCAAGCAAAGACACAGGGCAAGAGGUUGGUGGCCAAGGUUUCAUCUGAAGUUCCUGAAACUGAAGGCCCAGAAAGCAUUGAAAAGAUCAAACCAGUAAAAUUCAGAUGCGGGGCACCAGAGAAAUUCUUGGAGAGGAACAUGUCAGUGGCAGGUUCUUUGGUUUCUGAUAAAAGCAUAAUGGAUGCUACAGAUUUGAGAUCUACUGGAAAGGUUAGCAAGAUUAAAAUAUGUAGUAAGGUUAAAUCUGAAGAUUAUCCUCUUGACACUCCUAAGCCGUCAGUUGUAAUACGGCCUCCUGCUGAAUCAGAGAAGGAUGUACCUCGUAAGAAGGUCAUUAUCAAGCAGCCUAAGGGGCAUGUAGACCUGCAAAGAGCUCUUGAAAUUAGUAGUAGUCAGGAACCCAAAAAGAUAAGGAAAAUUGCUGAAUUGUCAAGCUUUGAAAAGAAAAACAGAGAGGAUGAUCAUUUGUAUGCGGGAGAACCCAGCCAGAUGAAUUCCUCAACUGAUAGGUUGGGUCUGGAGGGUAACAGGAAAAACAAAGAAGUACUGGGAGGUGAUGAAUCCUGGAGAGCAUUUAAAGAGCAACGAGAGAGACAAGAACAAAGGCUAAUUGAAGCUAGGAUUUAUGAAGCAAAUAGGGAGGAAGAACUCCAGAAGGCAAAGAAGAAAAGCAAGAAAAAGAAAAAACAUGAAUUUCGAGAUGAUGAUGUUCUCGAUCACAGGCCAUACAGAAAUGAAAGAAAGGUACCCGAGAGAGAUCGAACAGCAAAGAGACGUACUCCAGCUGAUAUGACAGAAUUUGCACCAUCAGCUAAGCGGCGCAGAGGAGGAGAGGUUGAGCUCUCCAAUAUAUUGGAAAAGAUAGUUGACCUCCUGCGGGAAAACACUGCUAUAUCAUUACUAUUUCUUAAACCAGUGACAAAGAAAGUCGCUCCUGAUUACCAUGACAUAAUCCUGCGCCCAAUGGAUCUUGGUACCAUCAGGGACAAGGCGAGGAAGAUGGAAUACAAAAACAGGGAUGAGUUCAGGCAUGAUGUGGCCCAGAUAGCGGUGAAUGCACAUCUUUACAAUGAUGAAAGACAUCCUCACAUCCCUCCGCUAGCUGACCAGCUCUUGGAGAUGUGCGAUUAUCUUCUCGACGAAAGUGCAGAUGUGCUCGACGAUGCAGAAAGCGCGAUCGAGGCCUAGCGCAAUAACAAGAUAUGGCAUUUGCUAUAUCCCAACAUAGAUGCUGUAUUUGCUGAUCUGUAGGAGGGAGAGGAAAGAGCACACCUGUACAUUCUUUUUAGGUUCUGGCGAUCACAUUGGUUCCACAUGUGAUCCCAAUCCCCAACUAUUUUGCCUGGUUCUUCUUACUAGGCGUCAGCAGUUGGAAUGUACACAAGCUCUAGGUUAGUCAUUCAGGGGUCUGCUGUAACUAUCGGCCUUAUGCUGUAAAAAAUGUAGCAAAUAUAACUGUCUAUAUUCUGUUCUUGUAGCUGUAUACAUCCCAUGUGAAUGGGUUUGAAUCAUAUAGAUAAGAGAUGAGAGGUCAAGGCACAUGCCUAGAUGCACCUGUUUAACCUAGUCUAAGCUAAUUCAUCGGUGAGCUAGCUUCCGGUACUCGUCCAGGGGUUGUUGCACUGCAGCCUGAACUGUUAACCUGAAAUGAUUGAAAAGGUUCUUGCUUGGUCAUAGGACUACCUACAGACGCCGAAAGUCAGAGCAUGUGAGUUUAUCAUGUACAAGUUGGUUACCUGCUUGUGUAUAUAACUCUAUGUGAGUUGUUGAAUGAUGUAUAAUCCUUUGAAUGAAGACUCUGUCAUUGCCUCA